AUGACCAACUCCGACAGGGAUCAGGAGAAGGGUCUCGACGACCAGACUGAGAAUGUCAAGUACACCGCUGGUACUGUUCACGAUGCUGCCGGACACGGUCACGCAGCUACUGAUGCCUACGGCAACUCACUUGUCCAGUUCGACCCCGUCGCCGAGCGCAAACUACGAUGGAAGCUGGACUUGAUGACCGUGCCGACUGUCUCGGUUCUCUACCUCUUCUGCUUCAUCGACCGAGCGAAUAUCGGCAACGCGCGUAUCGCCGGACUCACUGAGGAUCUCAAGCUCGAGGGCUACGACUACAACAAGAUCCUCUCUGUCUUUUACAUCUCAUAUAUCCUCUUUGAAAUCCCCGCCACCGUUACUUGCAAGUGGAUGGGCCCUGGCUGGUUCCUCCCUCUCACAUCGCUCCUCUUCGGCAUCGUCAGUAUCGCCACCGCCUUCGUCAAGACUCAGGCCGCCAUCUGCGGUGUACGAUUUCUCCUGGGUAUCUUUGAGGCUGGUAUGCUUCCGGGAAUCGCCUAUUAUCUGUCCCGCUGGUAUAAGCGCGCCGAGUUGACGUUCCGUCUGUCGCUUUACAUGGUCAUGGCUCCUCUCGCUGGUGCCUUUGGAGGUCUCCUCGCUAGUGGAAUCCUGAAGCUUGAUCACUUUGGCAGCCUCCACCACUGGCGCAUGAUCUUUGCGAUCGAAGGCAUCAUCACCGUUGGCCUCAGUCUCAUCGCCUUUUUCUCCCUGACUGAUCGACCCGAGACGGCUCGGUGGCUGACUCAGGAGGAGAAGGAGCUGUGCAUUGCUCGAGUCAAGUCGGAGCGUCUGGCUCAGACCGAAGUCGUUGAUGGCAUCGACCGGGUCAAGCUCUGGCGCGGUAUUUCCAACCCAAUCACGGUCCAGAUUGCCUUUAUCUUCCUCUUCAACAACAUCACUGUCCAGGGUCUCGCCUUCUUCCUCCCGACCAUUGUUGGCACCAUCUACCCCGACUACAGCACCGUCCAGAAGCAGCUCUACAGUGUGCCGCCGUACGCAGUCGGUGCUUUCUUUGCUGUUGCUUUCCCGGCUCUCAGUUGGUACCUCGACAAGCGCCAGAUUUUCAUCAUUCUUUCAGCGCCGACGGUCAUUGCCGGUUACGCCAUGUUCCUUGGAUCGAAGGUGGCUGAGGUUCGGUAUGGCGCUUGCUUCAUGAUUGCGAGCACUUGCAUGGUGCUGGGAACCAUGACCAAUGCCCAUAUCAGUGCCAACGUGGUGAGCGACACUGCUCGAAGCAGUGCUAUUGGUCUAAACGUCAUGUUUGGCAACAUUGGAGGUCUUAUUGCUACUUGGUCCUAUCUCGUCAAGGAUGCCCCUCACUUCCCUACUGGCAACGGCCUUAACUUGGCCUGCGGAUGCAUGAUCUUUCUUCUGAGCAUCAGUGGCUAUCUGUGGAUGAAAUGGGAUAACAGCCGACGAGACAAGCGAAAUGUUGAGCAGGAACUGGCUGGCAAGAGCCCUGAGGAGAUUGCGAACCUGGACUGGAAGCACCCUGGUCACCGAUGGCGACUGUAA